UUAGUCCUGGCUGAGUUUAGCAGACUAGGCAGCACAGCUAAGCUACGCUAGGGUCGACGACACUGGUCAUGGCAAUGGAGCACGCCUCAAGGUGCUGGCUCGCCGCGGUCACCACCAUCGUCCUGCUCUCGUGCGCGCCGGCCCCGGCGGCGGCGGCCGGACGGAAGCUGCUGCAGAUCCAGAUCAGCCAGGCGCAGCAGUACGUGGUGCCGCAGAGCCACAUGCGGGCGAUCCACGGCCAGCGCCCGCUCAAGUGGAGCAACGAGCUGGCGGACCAGGCGGAGCGCUGGGCGGCGCGGUUCAAGGGCAACUGCGCGGCCGCGUCGGCGGCGAUGCCCGGCGGCGUCAACGUGUUCCGCGGCAUCGGCGAGGCUGGGAAGGCGUGGCAGCCCAGCGACGCGGUGGCGGCGUGGGCGGAGCAGGCCAACUACUUCGACUUCGGCACCGGCUCCUGCGCCGCCGGGAAGAUGUGCGCGCAGUUCAAGCAGGUCAUGUCCAAGGGCAACACGGACGUCGGCUGCGCCACCGUGCAGUGCGCCGACGGCACCACGCUCAUGACGUGCCACUACUCGCCGCUGCCCAGCAUCUUCGGCGAGAGGCCCUUCUGAUCCCGGCCGCCGAUCUCGUUCGUCACGUCAAGCCGGCCGGCCGUCUCGUGCCGCGUGUGUUUCUGGUUGACUCGUCUUGCCAUCAUCUUUUGCUGUUUAUUACCCGGUUGUAUUUCAUUAGUUAUUACGACGUGCGAGUUGAUUUAGAUCAUGCUAUGUUAUGGUGAGAGUAAAGAGGUUAUGCUUGGCGUCAUGAGGUUUGUGCAUGGCAUUUGGUAAACUGUUAUCUACUCUUCUAAUCUAAAUCUAAAUACUAUAAAAGCUAUAGUUCACUUUUGCUAA